AUGUCCUCUCAGCUGGAAGGAGGAGGCCUGCAGCAGGAGACCACCACGGCCACAUCCGAGGAGCUGGAACCCGAACGAGCUGCUGACGUGACGAGUCCUGACGGAUGCGCCGGGCACCGCGGCUCCAUCCCCGGGGACGGAGGACAGGACGAAGCGGACCUGUCCCCGGAGGUCCAGCAGCUGCAGAGGCCUCCUCGCAAGAUGACCCGGAGCCCUAAGUGCGCCCGCUGUCGGAACCACGGGGUCGUGUCCUGUCUGAAGGGACACAAGCGGUUCUGCCGCUGGAGGGACUGUCGCUGCGCCUGCUGCCUGCUGGUGGUCGAGCGGCAGCGCGUCAUGGCGGCGCAGGUCGCACUCAGGCGGCAGCAGGCGGCGGAGGGCAAGAGGGGGGUCAGGUGUGCGGCUCCGCUGCGGAGGACGGCGUAUCAGCGUUACAGCCGAGCAGCCGAGCCCAGCCUCCUGACCAAGAGCAUCCUGCAGGGUCUGAAACCGCUGGGGCCUCCGGAGGAAGACGCCCCCUGCUGGUCCAAGCAGGCGCAGCGGGACCGUGCACACUUCACGUGCCCGUCCAUCAGCGCCCGGAUGAGGAAGAGACGAGCCUUCGCGGACAAGGAGCUGGAGAACGUGAUGCUGGAGCGAGAGCUGAGGCAGAGGGAGCUACAGAGUGAACUGACCUUCUCGUCCUCCGUCCUCGUCCCCGUGCUCCACCCGCCGCCGCUGCCCGUCUCCCCCCCCGGCCUCCACUGCUGCGCUCUGGACAAGGACCCGGCUGCUGCAGGGACGUCGGGCUACGUCUACAAAUACAAGCCUCCGCUGUACGAGUGCGACUUCCAGUUCUGUCACUUCUUCCACCUGAGGAGCAGAGCUCCCGCAGAAGGUGACUUUAAUGACUUCUUACGCCGAAGCACAGAGGGAGCCAGGCGGGAAGAGGAGGUGCAGAGCGGAUGGAGAGUUUCUGAGAGGAAAGACCGAGCCGAGCUGAUGUGUCCAGCGUCACAACAGGGACUCAGAAAUCACUGCAACACUAGUCUGCCGCGUCUAGAACUCAUCAAAUCCCCCUCAGACCCAGAAGUAAUGGACUCAAACUGCUUGUCCGUCACACGCUCUGGUUUCAGAUCAGAUCAGAGCGGCCUGGGCGGAGCAGACGUCAGUGGGAGCAGCAGGACUCAUGAUCCCAGACCCCUGUCGGCUCGAGCCGCCCAGGCAGGUCCUCGUGAAGACUCUGUGAAGAGUCCUCACGGCAGCUCAGGCAGGACUCCGGCUGUGAGGCCAUUACCCUUCUCUGUGGAGGCUCUGCUCAGGACCUGA